ACAGCAAGCAGCUGCCCGUCAGACAACAUGUCAGCCAUGGCCUUGCAGUUUUCCUUGGCGCCUACCGUGCCGAUGUCGCCAACUCCUAGGAUUGCCCAUCCGAAAAUCUUGAAAACCGGCGAUCUUUCAAGCCACCACUUUUGCCUCUCUGGCUUAGUGGUCGCUUUGUGCCCCCAGAGCCGGCGAGGCCCAAGAUCGCGCGGAACACGAUGCGUUGCGCAGCGAGCCACGGCUGACUUGAAAGCAGAGUUGUUGUCCACUUUGUCUGGGGAGGAUUGGGAUCCCAGCCGGGUGGAGGCAGCGCAACGAGUGGAGGAUAUUGUGGCGGAGCUUACUCGGCUGUACCAAGAUGCCAGGCUACCACCUGCAGAUGCUCAGAAACUGCUGGAAGGGAAGUGGAAAUUGCUAAGCACCUUCACUCCUGGGCAGGCUGCCGCAAACUUUUUCAGCCUCCAGGAUUGGCAGAAGUAUAUUUUUGGCAAAGGCCCGUCACCCGUUCAAGCUGCGGCGUUUACAAAUAAUGCAGUGCAGAGGGUAUACCAGGUUCUUGACUUUUCGGCCAAACCUGGGAGAUGGUACAAUGUCAUCGACGCCACGCCCGCUGGCAUCAUUUGCUUGGAAGCGGAUCUGAGCUCGACAGAUGCUGACAUCAAUUUUCAGUGGACCGGCGGCAAAAUUGUUAUCAAGAGGCCUCCAUGGUCGCAGAAGGAUUUGGAUGACCCGGUUCGCUUGCCUUAUCCUGUGCCUUUCGCGCUCUUGGGCGACAGGGCCCGGGGAGUCUUUGAGACAGUCUACUUGGAUGAGGAUCUCCGCAUUUCCAGAGGCUCCAAGAGUGGCAGCGUGUUUGUUUUGUGCCGGGAAAGAAGCACUUUGCCGAUGGAAGACGCCUACUUCCCUUCGUGAACCUGCGGCUUCAAUUUCUCCGCUGGCCGUUGCAUGUAC